AUGAGUCAAAGAAGAUACAAAGCAUCUUCGUCGCUUAACUGCUCAUCAACACCAGGAUCUUCUCCCCUGCCCAUUCCAUUGUUGAAUUUCGAUGCCUUUGUGAGCUAUUCGAAGAAAGAUGAGAAAAUGGUCCUGGAACAGCUUUGUCGACCGCUUGAAGACGAAGAAUAUGCGCUGUGUCUUCUGCAUCGUGAUGGUCCAGCCUACAACUCCCGGCUUCAUGCCAUCUCUGAUGAACUCAUUUCGCAGAUGGAGGCUGCCCAGUGCCUAGUCAUUGUAUUGACCAAGAAUUUCUUAGACAGCGAAUGGAAAACAUUGCAAGUGAAGACAUCGCACCAACUAUUCGCAAAGAAUCGAGGGAAACGCGUCAUUGCAAUACUGGGAGAAGGAGUCGAUCAGAACCUGCUAGAUGAAGAACUUGGUCAAAUCCUGAGAAAGAACACCUGUAUCCGUCAGAAAGACCACCUGUUCUGGCAAUUAUUGCACAGCGCACUUCCUACCCGUCUGGCAUCUUUGCCAGGGAGCGGAGAUGAUGGUUCACAGAUCUACUCAGAUAUGUACGGUAUAGUGCCAUCAGCUGUGAUUUGA